AUGGUCAAUCAUGGUCAAAGAUAGUGAGAUGUCUUAUGACGGUGACUGACGGGAAUGAAGGGGAAUGGUGGCGAAUGAUGGGGAAUGACACCCAAUGACAGCAAAUGAUGCCAAAUCACAUAAAUACAAGAAAAAUAUAUAGUCCGAAUUGGCAGUUUGGUGUAUAUAGAACAUGAACUUAUAACCAAGAAAGAAGAUGAAAAAACAUCAAAAAAUGGCGUCCAAGUUUCUGUUUUACUUCUACCGACUUCUUGUUCUCUUCUUUUUGGUUCUUAUCGUGAAAACUACAACUGCGAAUGGAGACAGUACUUCAACAACUAAACCAACACCAACCACAAGGGCAAAUGUAACAACACCAACUUCAACAACCAAUCAGACCAGUACAAUGGAACCUACAAAUGGAACCACAGUCGCUCCAACAACAUCACAGAACCACACCUCCACUCCUCUACCAAGUAACCACACCACUCCUCUACCAAGUAACCACACCACUCCUCAACCAGGAAACUACACCACUCCUCAACCGGGAAACUACACCACUCCUCAACCAGGAAACUAUACAACUGCUUCUCCAAGCAACUACACCACAGCAACGCCAACGAAACCUGGACCGACUGGACAUAGCAAAGACUGUCACACCUGCAAAGAUGAACUCCAUGCAGAAAGGCGCUACAAAUGGGUUGCAGUAGCCUUUGAUAUCAUUUUUGCUCUUGCCUUCAUCAUCAUGUUGAUUUUAUACCUGCGGCAGAGGAAAAUGUACCGAGAAAUGGAGGGAGAUGGGUCUUUGUCCCGGCUCAUUUGAUGGCUUUGAGACCUGGAGUAUUGUUGACUGUUUUCACAUUAGCCACACAUUCUGCACUGCAUGAUGAUGUGGCUAAAGAAAUGUGUCCAUAGCAUAGCAUGUUAGGUGAAUACUUUGUGUAAGUUAGAGCUGAAUGUUAAAGAAGACGUAGUUCAUUCACUUGUAAACAGUUUUACAUGAAAUAUUGACUUUUAGUAUCCACAAGUUUAAAAUGUUUGAACUAUUUAAAAAUUUCAUUGUUUUACAAAAAGCCUUAUGAUAGCUAAAAACCAAGCUAAAUUUAUAACCCAGGUAUCUACAAACCUUGGGAAUUGACCUAAGAUAGCUCUUAUGAAAUACUUGUGAGAGUAAACAAAUCUAGCAGAUGAUUUUUAUUUGGUUGUACGUAUAAUGUGGGGGAAUAAUACGGGGGAAAUAAUUUUAACGAACUAUACGGGAGGCACAGAUCUUGACAGCAGUAUUUAAUGAAUUGGAAAAAGAUCCCCUCUACCCUCACCACUAGUUCCAAAAAUUUUCUCAGAGAUCAGCCUAUCCAAAUACUACCAAUGCAUAAAUUUUGUGGUAAAAACAUAUUCUGAACCAAAGAUUGUUAUUGUCGUUAUUUGGGUUAAUUCAGUUAAUUUUAUUUGAGCAAAAAUGUAUGAUUUAUAAGAUCUACGAGAUAACCUUUACCCUUUGUAGCAAUUUUAUCGUAAAAUAAACUGAAAACACACGCACCAA